CUCUUUCUCUCUCUAGAAAAAAAAACCAUUUUUCGAAGAAAAAAACAAAAGAAAAAAGGAACCCACUGAAAGAGACGGAUCCGGAAGAAUACGAACCAGAAUAUAACCGUAAACCCUAGCCCUAGCCCAGCCGCGACUCACCUUACCCACCGCCUCUCUCUCUCUCUCCACCUCUCUCACUCUAAAGCGAGUUUUCCAAUUAGGGUUAGGGUUUUUUCGUUAGCUGCAUGUUAAGGGUUGGAGAAUCAUAGGUCGAUUGGGAUUUGGGAUUUUUGAGAAAUUAGGGUUGGAUUGGGUUAGGUUUAGGGAUAGGAUUUCGGCGAUGGAAUUUGUGGUCGGUUGUGGGUCGGGGGGUUGUUGGCGAUGACCGGAGGCCGAUGUCACGAGAAGAAGAAGAUGAUGGGUAGGGGUGCGGACGGAGGUUGCGGCACCGAGGAGAGGCCUUGCCCAAUUCCUAGGGUUCGGCCCAAAAUUCCGGCUACCCAACUGGAAAUUCUAGAGAAGUCGUCGAGCUCUUUGAGAAUUGAUUUUUUCUCGCAGGCUAGGAAGGCUUUGUGUGAGCGCUCUCCUUUUGAUGUUCCUGAGGACGGCUCAUCUUCGAGUGUGCCCACCACCUUGCCUAGGGGUUUGGCUAGCUUCUUGUCGAGGCAGUCGGAUAGUCGAAAGCGGCAUAAGAAGUCGCAUGCCGGCGCUGAGAAGAAGAGUUUUCGGCAGAGAGAGAGGUCCCGGGGUAAUAACAUUUGGGUGGAGACUGAGGACUACUUUAGACCAUUGACACUGCCUGAUAUUGAUGCGUUGUCUCAGGUAUCCGAGCUUAGUAAUUUAGCUUCUCACAAGUGUUUUUCGAUUCCGGUUGUGGGAAAUGUUCCGAGGCGGAAUGCGAAUGAGAACGUUAAUGCAAACGGAGUUGUUGUCAGUGAGGAGGAUGCAAAUGGCGGUAAGUCAAAUUGUGUUGUUGUCAAGGAUGAAGGUAUAAAUGGGGGGAAUGCACAUGAUGCCAUUGUCAUGGAUGAGAAUGCAAACGAUCAGAAUGCUAAUGAUGGUGUCGUCAAGGCUGAGUGUGCAUAUGAAUGGAAUGCCAAUUCGGUUGUAGUUGAAAAAGUGAAUGAGAAUGGUGGAAAUGAAAAUAGGGUUGUCGAAGACGAGGUUAAGACAGAGAAGGAUGAACAUUCCAUGGAAAUAGAUAGUGUGGGAGCUUCUGGGUUGCCCCCUAGUGGUCUUGAGUGGCUUUUAGGGUACAGGAAUAAGAUUUCUUUAACAUCAGAGCGCCCGUCAAAGAAGCGGAAGGUUCUAGGUUCUGAUGCAGGAUUGGAGAAAGUGUUAAUAGCGGCUCCAUGUGAUGGGAAUUCAUCUUUAUGCCAUUUCUGCUGCAUGGGUGAUGCAGGGAACGAGUCAAACCCAUUGAUUGUCUGUAGUUCUUGUAAGGUUGGAGUUCAUCAGAAGUGCUAUGGAGUACUAGAGAAUGUAGAUGCUUCAUGGUUAUGCUCUUGGUGUAAGAAGAAGACUGAUACUAGUGAUUCAGUAAAGCCAUGUGUGCUUUGCUCAAAGCAGGGUGGCGCUUUAAAGCCAAUUAUUAAGAGCGUUGAAAAUGGUGGAUCUAUGGAUUUUGUUCACUUGUUUUGCUGUCAAUGGAUGCCUGAGGUUUAUAUAGAGGACUUAGCAAAGAUGGAGCCUAUCAUAAACGUUGGAGGAAUAAUUGAAACCCGCAGAAAGUUAAUAUGUAACAUAUGCAAGGUGAAGUGGGGCGCUUGUGUUCGGUGCAGUCAUGGAACUUGCAGAACUUCGUUUCAUCCAUUAUGUGCGAGGGAGGCAAGACAGAGAAUGGAAAUUUGGGGAAAAUAUGGGUGCGAUAAUGUUGAGCUGAGGGCCUUUUGUUCAAAGCACUCAGAAGUACCAGGUAACAACAACAGUCAAUUAGUAUCUCCCUCUGUCUCUGCUGACAAGAACUCAAAUGUCUCCAACCAUCUUCCUAUGGCAUUGUCAGAAAACAAAUUACCCAAGUUAAGGAUAGGCCCUAGAAAUGGUGAUAAAACUGCAGUACCUAUUGAGGCUCUAGAUAUUACUUCUGACAAAUCGGGUGAUAGUGAAUCACAGGAGAUAGUGUUUCCUAUUCCAAGAUUAAAUCCUAGGCUGACAUCGGAGUGUGGUAAUGCACAGCCGAUGAUUAAUGCAGGGGCAUUUGAGAGAAGCAAAGAGGAUGUUAAUGCUUCUAAUUCCCUUAAAUUUUCUCUGAUUUUAAAGAAGCUGAUUGAUUGUGGAAAAGUUAAUGUGAAGGAUGUGGCAUUGGACGUUGGUCUCUCACCUGAUUCUUUAUCUGCAUCACUUGCUGAUGGUACUAUGGUGCCUGAUGUGCAAGGAAGAAUAGUUAAAUGGCUAAAAGACCAUUCUAACUUGGAUUUAAAGCAGAAAAAUGGAAAAAUGAAAUUAAGAUCAGCAAUGUCAUCCAUGGCUGAGUUUGGGGAUUCUGAUGGCUCUGAAGCUGCUUCAUUAUCGGAGUCUGAUAUGGCAGAUGUAGCUGUUAAGUCAGUACCCCCACGGAGAAGAACCAAAAGCAGUAUUAGGUUUCUGAAGGAUGACAAAGUAAUAAGCUCAUCCAAGGGGAUCUUUAAUGACAAUGGCACAUUGGACAAGAUUAAGGUUGAUCAACCUGUCACUGAUGAACAAGAAAAUUUAAGUAGAGUGUCUGUCCCUGAUCCUGUUGAGAAGAAUCCAACAGAGGCCGAUGUGUUUCAACAUUCUUUGAUGACACAUUCACCUAGAUCAGAAGGUCUUUUAGCUAAACCCUUGAAUUGCAGCCUUUUGCAAAUGGGUCAAGAGCAGUUGGGUACUAUUCCUUUGCAGGGUACCUCAGCAAUUGCAAAUGAAGGUCAAUCGUUUUCAGUUGCAAAACCGGUUAUUCCUGAAUUCAAUAAAUCUGAGGCUGAAGUUCCUGGUUUUUAUGUCCAUCCAUAUAUUGAAAAUAAGUUGUUGCAGAUGCAGACUGGGGUGUCCUUAGAAAAUUCAAUAUAUGGUUCAAGUGAGGGAGAAAUUUCACGUCUGGAGGCAUCCUCCCAUGCAAGUGUUUGCUGUAAUCACCAAAAUAAGCAUCCAAAAUGCUGUGACAUCAUUUUUAAAUCCGAUGAGAUGAAACUAGAACAGUUGGUUAAGGCUCGAAAAAUGGGAGUUCUAGAAAUCUGUCCAGGUGAUGAAAUGGAAGGAGAGCUUAUUUAUUACCAGCAUAGGUUGCUCAACAAUGCGAUUGCAAGAAAGCAUUUUACUGAUAAUUUGGUAUCUAAUGUUGCUAAGAGUCUUCCAUUGGAGAUUGAUGCAGCACGGAGGCAAAAAUGGGAUGCUGUACUCGUUAACCAGUAUCUUUGGGAGCUUAGGGAGGCAAAGAAGCAGGGUAGGAAGGAGAGACGGCAUAAAGAAGCACAGGCUGUGCUAGCAGCUGCAACUGCUGCUGCUGCUGCCUCUUCUAGGAUUUCAUCAUUUAGGAAAGAGGUUCUUGACGAAUCUUCCCAUCAGGAGAAUGUGACGAAGUUGAAUACUUCUAGUGGGAGGUCCAGCUUUUCCUCACAGAUGAUGCCGCGACCUAAAGAGACAUUUCCGAGGGUGGCUGUUCCCCGGAUUUCUGUGGAAAAACACUCUGGUUUUGUUCAUUCAGUCACUGAUUCUUCCAAAGAACAUCCUAGAUCUUGUGACAUCUGCAGACGUUAUGAAACGUUGUUAAACCCGAUCUUAGUCUGUUGUAGUUGCAAGGUUGCCAUUCACUUGGAUUGCUAUCGUAGGACUAGAGAAUCUACAGGUCCAUGGUAUUGUGAAUUGUGUGAAGAAAUGUCAUCAACUUGUAUUGCUGGUGCUCCUGUCAAUUUUUGGGAGAAAGAUCAUUUUGUUGCAGAAUGUGGUUUAUGUGGUGGCAAAACAGGUGCAUUUAGGAAGUCUUCUGAUGGUAAAUGGGUACAUGCCUUUUGUGCCGAGUGGAUCUUUGAGUCAACAUUCAGAAGGGGGCAAGUAUCUCUCAUUGAGGGAAUGGAGACGAUUUCUAAGGGGCUUGAUUUUUGUUAUAUCUGCCGACGCAAAUGUGGUGUCUGCAUAAAAUGUAACUUUGGCAAUUGUCAGUCAACAUUUCAUCCUUCCUGUGCUAGAAGUUCUGGUUUUUACAUGAAUGUGAAAACUUUCGGUGGAAAGAUCCAACACAAGGCAUACUGUGAAAAGCAUAGUGUUGAGCAGAGGACGAAGGCUGAAACACAAAUACAUGGAACUGAGGAGUUAGAGAACCUCAGGAAAAUCAGAGUUGAACUGGAGAGGGUACGACUACUUUGUGAUAGAAUCAUCAAACGAGAAAAAGUAAAGCGGGAACUGCUCAUUUGUUCACAUGACCUUCUUGCUGUCAGGAGAGAUCAUGUUGCUCGGACAGUGCUUGUUAAUAGUCCUUUACUGCCACCUGAUGUUAGUUCUGAAUCAGCUACAACAUCUCUUAACGGACAUACAGAUGAUUACAAAUCAUGCAGUGAUGCAAUUCAAAGAUCAGAUGAUGUGACUGUAGAUAGUACAAUUUCUGUGAAGCGGCGGAGAGUUCCUAUAACUAUUGACAAUGACCCAAAAACAGAUGAUGACAGCUCCACAUCCCAAAACCAUUCUACCAAAAAGCUCUUGGAGAGGCCACAAGUUUCUGAUAAACAUAUUCCUUGUGGAGCUUCUAGUGCUGCAACUUGUAAGCUUUCGGAAGAUGGAGGAUGGAGGUCAAAAUCUAGGAAGCAUGCCGAGACUUUUGAGAAAGAACUGGUAAUGACAUCGGAUCAAGCAUCGAUGAAAAAUAUGAAAUUACCCAAAGGAUAUGCAUAUGUUCCUGCUGAUUGCAUUCCAAAUGAAAAGCAGAUCAACCAGGAUGCUUGUUCUGGUGAACAACCGCAAGGAGACGGGUAGUGUCAGAAAACUUCCUCCUUGUGUUUAAUCUGCCUUUGUGGAGCUCAAAAGUAAUAGAGGACAAGCAUUCUCUGCCCUCCAUCCCAUGGCAUCACCUUGCCCUUCCUGGCCUGGAAACCACCACGUUUCUUGGUUUCAAAGGGAAAUGGCCGAGUGGAAGCAGGAGGUUAGGUCAUCGCCUUGUGCGUAAAGAUUUCACGUCCUAAUUUCGGAUGUGUGUAAGUUUUGGCAUCGUUGUAUAUUCUUGUGAGAGUUAACUGUACAGUGGGUGAGUUUCUUCCAUUUACAAGUGUUGGAAGGCAGCGUGGGUUUUUCUUGUGUUUGUUAGGACUAAAGAGAAGCUCUGCUUGUAAACAGGUGUACAAGAAGCUCUGCCUGCUCUGUAAAGUUAUUGUAUAUAUCCUUACAAUACCAAUCCCCCGGAUGCAUCAGAUUAAUGGAAUCGAGCGUUUAAUAUUUGAGCCGUGUCGUUUUUAUUUUCCUAGUUGAAGUUUUGUCCAACUGACUCCAGUUUGUAUGUUGGAUGCUGGUAACUUAGAGGAAUAAAUACAAUUCUUAUGAUUAA